UAGUAUGAUAGUAGAGGGGCUUUAUUUUUUGUUUUUGAAAACCACUUUGAAGGUAUUGUAUGACCAGCCACACCGAAAGAGACAGAAGGAAAAACAUGCCCCUCACGAAGGAUUUGACGAGGAGUAGUAGGACACGAUCUAACAUCGAUAGCUUAGUUUCAAAUCGCAUCUCGAGCGAAGCUGAUCGUUCGAAGGUGGACUCUCGUUAGUGACAUUGCGUGUACGAUGGGUGUUUUGCAGGACUUACUACGAGUGCACGAUGGCAAUGGGCGUUUGUUGUUUCUAGUGUUCUUGUGCUUAUACUUUACGGUACGGUGCUCGGUGUGCCAGUGCCCGGAUACUGGUGGGUUAGGUGCGGAAGAUCCGGCAAAUGUGCGAUUGCUGCAGGAAAACAGCAUCAAGCAAGCUUCUUUGCUGAAGAAAUAUGACUUUAUCAUCGUCGGUGCUAGUCCUUCGGGUUGUUUGCUGGCGAAUCGGCUAACUGAGAUUCGUGAUUGGAAUGUGCUGCUCAUAGAGGCCGGUGAGCAGGAAAAUCUGUUCGUCCAGGUGCCUAUUUUUUCGGCGUACCUGCAAUCUACCAGCUAUAACUGGGGAUACCUCGCGGAACCGCAGAACUACUCUUGCUGGGGGAUGAAGGAUCAGCGCUGUAGCUAUCCGCGUGGUAAAGGUCUCGGUGGUUCGACACUGAUCAAUUACAUGAUGUACGUGCGCGGAAACAAGUACGACUACGAUCAAUGGUCAGCGGCCGGGAAUGAUGGUUGGUCGUUUGACGAGAUUCUACCGUACUUUGUCAAGUCGGAAAAAUCGUACCUACGCGAGGUGAACCGAUAUCACGGCACGGACGGCAAUCUGGAUGUGCGGUACCUGCCCUAUCGCACCCGGCUGGCCAAGCUGUUCGUGAAUGCGUGGCGUGAGCUAGGUCUGGAAAGUGUGGAUUACAACGGCGAGUCGCAGAUCGGUGUGUCGUACAUACAGUCAAACGUUCGCAACGGCCGCCGGCUGACGGCGUACACCGCUUUCCUUGAGCCGAUACUCGAUCGGCCAAAUUUGCACAUACUUACCAAUGCGCGUGCCACGCGUGUGCUGAUCGACGCGACUACCCAGCAAGCGUACGGGGUGGAAUUUAUUAAGGACCGAAAUCGGUACACGGUGUACGCGGAUAAGGAAAUUCUGAUGACCGCGGGUGCUCUGCAGACUCCGCAGCUGCUAAUGCUGUCCGGUGUUGGGCCGAAGGAGCACCUGCAGGAGGUAGGCAUACCCGUGAUAAAGGACCUGCCCGUCGGCCAGACGUUGUACGAUCACAUCUACUUUACCGGGCUCGCAUUCGUGACCAACACGACGAACCUUUCACUGCACGGGGACAACGUCCUUACGCUGGACGCCUUUCUGUCGUUUCUGCAAGGCCAGGGUCCGAUGACGGUGACGGGCGGUGUCGAGGCGGUGGCCUUCAUUCGUAACACCACAAAUCCUGAAAGUGCGGCCACUCCGACCGUGCUACCUAACAUCGAGUAUAUACUCACCGGCGGUUCACAGGCCGCCGAUCACGGCAGCGGCAUCCGCAACGGGUUCCGGCUGACGGACACCAUUUACAGCAUCUAUAAACCGCUGGAAGCGAACGAGCGAGACGCAAUGACGGUCAAUAUUGUGCUGCUGCACCCGAAGUCGAAGGGGUACAUGCGCCUGAAAAGCUGCAACCCACUGCACUGGCCGCGCUUUUACUCGAACAUGCUGAAGGAGCAGGAAGACGUGGAAACGAUUCUGCAGGGCAUCCGGUCGGCGUUGCCGCUGAUGGACACACGGGCUGCCCGCCGUUACGGUGCGAAACUGUACGAUGUACCGUUGCCAAACUGUGCCAGCUUUCGGUUCGGUACGGAUGACUACUGGCGUUGUGCCAUUCGUACGCAGACGACCUCAAUUCACCACCAGAUAGCGACGUGCAAGAUGGGACCGCCGAGUGAUCCGGACGCCGUCGUAUCGUCCAAUUUGAAGGUGUACGGUGUGCGGCGGUUACGGGUGGCCGAUGUGGGAGUCAUACCGUAUCCGACCAGUGGACACCCUACCGCUACGGCGUACAUGAUCGGCGAGAAGCUAUCCGAUUUGAUAAAAAACGAAUGGUUAGGGCAAAACAUCCCUACCGGUGGUGGUGCUGGUGGUAUCUAAUGCUGGUGCGACGAGUAUUAAGGGUUACUGUUGCGCCGAUUGGUAGAGAGCACCAUGAAGCAACGGUUAAAAAUGGAAUCGAUGAAAAACGCGACGAAGCAGAGCAAAAGAUUGUAAAGGCGCUAGAAGUGUGAUAAGCGUGUGGUUCAAUAUCGUGAUGGUCAAGGGUAACGAUGAUUUUAAAAUUCCAUUUUAUAUUUUUUAUCAUCGGAGCGUUGGUUCGUGUUCCAUGAUAAUCGGAAAUCAGCUAUCGCUAGCAGCCUGGCGUGGAGACCGCAUGUGGUAUCCAGUUUCGUGAACGUCUCUUUGUAACUUCCUUAAACACCAACGACGAUCGGUUGAAAACACAACACAAAAAAACUCGAUAGGGUGUUUGAUAUAGCCGAGUUGAUGAUAAUGAAGACAGUUAAGUUGAUGAUAUAAUCGUUUGUUGUUGGUGUGGAACUGCUGAAUGUUGGGAAGAUAGAUGAUGAAAGCGGGGUGUGAAAAAGGCGGUCUGAGGCGCUUCAAUAGGUUUAAUAGUUGUUGGUAAAUAGCUAAUAGGUAAAGUUUAUGGUAAAUAGUUGUAGACAAAGAAACGUCGUUUUAUGUUAGAGUUUGAUCUUGAUUGAUUCAGCAUUAUAGAAUAAAGUGAAUUGUGGGAACAUGUUA